GACACCAGACAGAGUGUUUUUCAUUUUCUCUCCUUUUCCAUUUCUCUGCCACAGUGGCAUGACUAACAUGAUAACCACUGUUUUCCCUCUUUAUUUUGUCUGUUACCUCUCAAUGUCUCCCUCUUGCUCUAUACAUCUCCAAUUAUCAUUUAACACUUUAUAAAGCGAGCCGGUCACUCAGGGGGUUCCAGUGUUACCUUUGCUCUUGCGACAGUCUGCAGACUUUACCUGGGAUAUGGUUUACCUUGGAUUAUGAUUUAUUUUAGUAUCCAGUUGUGAGUUGUUAGUGUAGUGUAUUGUGAUUUUCAGGAUGAAGGUUUAUGCAACAUCUAUUUUGCGUUCUCCUGAUAUAUUAUUUGGAUUUGGCUGAUUCAGGGAAAUAUCCAUCCCUCACGAGCCGGGGUUGGUAUUCAUCCCCAGUCGCUAGCCACGGUUACGGAGGUUAUGGAGGUCAUGGGGGCGGUCACGGAGGCGGUCACGGGGGCGGCUACGGUGGUCACGGAGGCGGAGGUCACGGAGGCGGUCAUGGUGGAGGUCACGGAGGCGGUCACGGAGUUCAUGGAGGUCACGGGGGUGGAGGUCAUGGGGGCGGUGGUCACGGAGGCGGUGGUUAUGGUGGAUAUCCCACCAUUAUUAAGAUAAUCACGUUCGGUGGUUAUGGAGGCGGUCACGGGGGUGGUCAUGGCGGAGGCGGACAUGGAGGAGGUGGAGGCACCUACGUCAUCACGGGAGGAGGAGGUGGAGGAGGUCACGGAGGAGGAGGUGGUCAUGGAGGAGGAGGAGGAGGUCAUGGUGGAGGUUGGUGGUAGAACCUGCUUGAAGUUGGAUCUUUCAACUGAAUUUGAAUUUGGAAAAAUUGAGAGAACAGAAGAAAUAAUAGAGAGGAAGAGGGAUUUAAAGACUUGGACUGAUUUAUUUUUUCAAAAGCUCCUUGAUUUAUGGAAAAUACAUUUAUAAUUAUUGUCUUCAGUACUGAGGUCUAUUACAUUGUAAUUGUAUUGUCUAUUACAUUGCAUUUACUGUUGUUCCUCUCCCAAUAAUUGAUUAUUGAGAAUUAUAUUGUAUCAAUCAAUGUAUAUUAGUAUACAGCAAAGAAAUUAUAUUAUUAAUUAUUGUUCAAAUUAUAUUUUCAUUAAAAAUGUUUGAUAUUUCGAUCUUAUAGCUGAUCAUCAACAAUCGAAGUAUAUUUUUACAAAAUAAAUUUCAUUAGAAAUGUAUUACAAGGUGAUGACUAAUACCAAAUGAUUGUGAUGUAGUAUCUCAUCUAAGUUGAUCUGGUACCAUUACCUAUCUCAUCUCUAGAUGCAAAUACAAUACCAAGAGGGCUUGAAAUGAGUGAUGAUUGUUAUUAUUGGCUCUUGUAGAGAUUAAUUGAGGAAUAUUGGUGUAUAUGAAUUUGCAGUUAUUGAUCUCCACCUUCUUCGGAAAGUUAUAGUAUAGAUCCCAUACCGGUAACUGAAAGUUAUGUUUCCACUGUUGUAUGCUUGAUAAUAUAUCUAAGUAAUCUUGUUACCAUAUUAUUUCAUUAUUAUUGUUGAUUAAUUAUAAAAUAUAAAAUUAUAUGCUGA